UUUAACGCUGCGCACCUCACGUGGUUCAAAUGUGCGUUCAUGUGACCACCGUGGCAUCAUAGUGACCACCGUUAGCUAACUUUACUUUAGCCGACGUGAGCGUUACGCAAUGCCAUGCAGUUAUCGAAAAGGAAGCAGGAGUAGUAGUACACAGUAGGACUCGGUAACGAAUAGCGGAUCACAGGGUUGUUCGGAACCGCACUGACUCGUCGUUGACAGAAACCCACGACCCGUCCGGUCCUGGACCUGUGCAGCUGCUGGACGCAUGGCUCGUGCUGUCACCGCGUCUCACGUUGCAUCAGUUCACCUUCCUCCAAUGUGUCACCUUGGGUAGAAAUACUGCUGAGACAUGCUUAGUUUGGAUUAUCUGUACAAUGCUGGAGAUGUCGGCUGUGUGUGCUGCCAGCGCGGAGCCUCCUGCAGUGACUGAGGGCUCAGAGCAGAAGAAGCCACUCAAACCGUGCUGCGCUUGUCCAGAAACAAAGAAAGUCAGGGAUGCUUGCAUUAUUGAAAAGGGAGAGGAGAACUGCACCGCUCUUAUUGAGGCACAUAAGGAAUGCAUGAGGGCGCUUGGAUUCAAGAUUUAACUCUUAUGAUUUGUUUGUGUGCUGCUGUGUGAAUGGAAGACAACCCUGAAUACUCUUCUUGUUUUUCUUUACACUCUUAUUUAUUUCUCUACUGCUGGGAAAAACGCUGAUGAUGCACUGGCUCUGGUGGAUGGAACAUUUGUGAAAGUUGUUUUAUAAAGUCUGCCUUUUUCCAGAAACAUGUGAAUAUCUGAACUAUUGUCUGAAAUUAAACAAUUCCUAUGCAG